UUCCGAAACCUUAAAAGCCUUGAGCCCCUGUACUUGGAGCUCAUUCACUCUCUCUUACCUCAUCAAUGGCAACCUCCAUGCUGAAAUCCCCAACCAAAUUGCUCCAAAAUCAGCUCGCGCUCUCUUCCAAUGCCAGUAGCAGAAUCAGCACAAGGAGUAGCAUCGUUGUUCCAGUUUCACACAAGAGAAGAAGCUCGCGUUUGUUCUCCGUAGUGUCAAUGGCUGCUUCUUCAACCACUCCUGUUCAGACUUUCCUUGAAAAGUCUCCACCUUCGCAGCAGAACCUUGGAAUCCCAAUAAUGGUUAAUGCAUGUACUGGGAAAAUGGGAAAAGCUGUGAUCAAUGCAGCCGAAGCUGCUGGAGUCUAUGUUGUUCCUGUGUCUUUUGGGUGUGAAGAGGAGGCUGGACAGACAUUUCAGAUUGGUGAAAAGGAGUUCCUUGUGCAAGGUCCUUCUGAUAGAGAAACUGUGCUUGCAUCUAUCCAUGAUAAGUAUCCGAAUUUGAUUGUUGUGGACUACACAGUGCCAAGUGCAGUUAAUGCCAAUGCAGAGUUGUACUGUAAGGUUGGGGUUCCCUUUGUGAUGGGUACCACUGGAGGAGAUAGGGACCUCUUGCUUAAGACUGUUCAAGACUCGGGGCUUUAUGCUGUGAUAUCGCCACAAAUGGGGAAGCAGGUAGUUGCUUUUCUUGCGGCUAUGGAAAUUAUGGCAGAGCAAUUUCCUGGUGCCUUCUCUGGGUAUAACUUACAGGUAAUGGAGUCUCAUCAAGCAAGCAAAGUUGAUGCAUCUGGAACUGCGAAGGCUGUAAUUUCCUGCUUCAACAAAUUAGGCGUGGAUUUUGAUAUGGAUGAGAUACAAUUGAUCAGGGAUCCAAAGGAACAACUUGAAAUGGUUGGUGUCCCAGAGGAACACUUGUCAGGUCAUGCUUUUCAUAUGUAUCAUUUGACAUCACCAGACAACACAGUUACAUUCGAGUUCCAACAUAACGUUUGUGGUAGAUCAAUAUAUGCUGAGGGUACCGUUGAUGCUGUACUAUUUCUUGCUAAAAAGAUUGAAGAGAAGGAUAAUAAAAGAUUAUACAACAUGAUUGAUGUUCUUAGAGAAGGCAACAUGAGAUGAGAAGCUGUGGUUCGGAUCUCGGUUUGUACAAGUUGCUAAGAAGAGAUUUGAUAUAUCCCUAUGGUUUUUGAAAACCAAUCAGUAAUUUAGCUUCUAUUUAUUUUUCCUUUUGUUUUUGAAUGAGAAUAAUGUAGCUUCUAUUUUAUUGUUCUUAUGUUGAGGAUAGUAGUAUUAUCGGGAACAACAAUUUAACUUCGGUUUCUAAAAUCUUG